GGACCCUGGGGCUCCCCGGGGUGGGGGUCCCCGUAGCGCAGAGAGCGGUGGGUGAGGUCGCGAUGCCAGCGGCACGCCCCAGUGCUGCUGCUGCUGCUUUUGGAUGAUGUCAAGCAGUGGCACCAGCAAGGCUGCCAGGCUCUGGGCCGCUGCCAACAGCCCUUAGCUUGGAUUACCAAGAAACCAUCCUGUUUCUGGGGGGCAGGUUGGCUUUCAUGGGGAGGGAGAGCUGGGUGUGAGCAUCCCACUGGGGCAGAGAGGGCAGCUUGGGGCAGGGCACCACGGGCCUGUCCCUGGGGUGCCUUUCGCAUCCACCAUAUCCUACUGCUGCUUUGUUACUAGCACGUCACCUGGCCUCUCCGUGGUGCUGUCACUGGACGCAGUUGAUGCCCACCAGAUAUGUACAGUUUUCUCUUCAGGCAAGCUGGUUGCUUAGGUUACGGUUAAAUAAACCAGCAGUGCAGUCCCCUGUGUCUGAUUCAACCUGUAGCUGCAGGGUUAAAUAAACCAGCAGUGAAAUCCCCUGUGUCUGAUUUAACCUGUAGCUGCUCCAAUACUCUGCCGAAGCUCCAGACUGCACUUUGGCAUAGACCAGGCUGCAUGCAGACAGGACUUAAUUACCGUUAGGUGAUGUAACAGCUUGCUAUAAGGGCUGGAUACUCCGCUCUUGUGUGACAGGCUGGGGCCAAGUGCAAGGUAAUAACCAGGUUAGAUACAGCUGUUGGUCACUUCAUGUGUCCUCAAUCGUGUUAACGUCCUUUCUGUCAAUGCUGGACUAGUUUUGUGGAAGACGCUUUGAUGCUCAGACCUAAACUCACCCGGGAGAAAAUGCAUGUGAACGUCAAGGAUGUGCUACGAUCACAGCUCUGCCGUGCAUGUGAAACUAUGUUGUUAUGUUUUUGGAGCCAAAGCCUCCAGCGGGCUGUGGCACUUGCUUUUCUGGCUGGUCUGUUAUCAGUUCAUCUCUCUUGGAUAACAGACCUGUUAUGGGAAUUACUGAGGAGAUGCCAGAAGCAGGCUGCAGUUUUGGAAACAAGUAUGCCUGCUGUGGCAGCUGCUUCUAAGGAGAUACAAACCGCACCCACCAGCUGCCUGGAGCAGCAGUAUUUCUUGCAGUUUUCCUGGUCUUCUGCACAUUUCUGCAGUUCCCGGCUGGGAUCUAGAGCUGAUACUGCGCUUCCCUCUGAAAAGACCCCUGUCAAAAUCAGCGCUGCUUGGUGAAAUGCCAUGUCCUGCGGGAGGAAUCGGGAAGCUGUGCUCCAGGUGGCUGUUGUGGCUCUGAUGUAAAGCAGUAUGUAUACGGAGGCUGGGCCUGGGCUUGGUGGUGCAUUACUGACACCCAAAGGAUUUCCCUAGAGAUAAUGACGUUACAGCCCAGGUGUGAGGACGUAGAGACGGCGGAGGGGGUAGCUUUAACUGUCACAGGUGUGGCACAGGUGAAGAUAAUGACUGAGAAGGAGCUCCUGGCUGUGGCCUGUGAGCAGUUCUUGGGGAAGAAUGUGCAGGAUGUGAAGAACGUGGUCCUUCAGACGCUGGAGGGGCAUCUGCGCUCCAUCCUAGGUACCCUGACAGUGGAGCAGAUCUACCAGGACAGGGAUCAGUUUGCCAAGCUGGUGCGGGAGGUGGCAGCUCCUGAUGUGGGUCGCAUGGGUAUCGAGAUCCUGAGCUUCACCAUCAAGGAUGUCUAUGAUAAAGUAGAUUACUUGAGCUCCCUGGGAAAGACUCAGACUGCGGCUGUCCGAAGGGAUGCAGACAUCGGUGUGGCAGAAGCCGAGCGAGAUGCUGGCAUUCGGGAGGCAGAGUGCAAGAAAGAAAUGCUGGAUGUCAAGUUCAUGGCAGAUACGAAAAUAGCAGAUUCCAGACGGGCUUUUGAAUUGCAGAAAGCUGCCUUCAGUGAGGAGGUCAACAUGAAGACUGCAGAGGCCCAGCUGGCCUACGAGCUCCAGAGCGCCCGGGAGCAGCAGAAGAUCCGCCAGGAGGAAAUUGAAAUCGAGGUGGUGCAGCGCAAGAAGCAGAUCGAUGUUGAAGAGAAGGAGAUCAUCCGGAUGGAAAAGGAGCUGAUAGCCACUGUGAAGCGGCCGGCCGAGGCUGAAGCCUACCGUAUCCAGCAGAUCGCCGAGGGCGAGAAGGUGAAGCAAGUCCUCAUUGCGCAGGCGGAGGCAGAAAAGAUCCGCAAGAUCGGAGAAGCAGAGGCUUUUGUAAUUGAGGCCAUCGGGAUGGCAGAGGCUGAGAGGAUGAAGCUGAAAGCUGAAGCGCUCCAGCAAUAUGGAGAAGCUGCCCAGCUGGCUCUAGUGCUGGAUGCGCUGCCUGAGAUCGCUGCCAAAGUGGCGGCUCCCCUCUCCAAAGUGGACGAGAUCGUUAUUCUCAGUGGAGAGAGCAGCAAUACAACAUCCGAGGUAAACCGUCUGCUGGCCGAGAUCCCUGCCUCUGUGCGUGCCAUCACUGGUGUGGAUCUCACAAAGAUUCCCCUGAUCCAGAAAGCCACCGGGGCCCAGGCAUGAGGCUGGGCAACCCAAAGCUAGCGAAGAUCACUCCCUGUUAUGCACUCAGACAUCAACUGCCUUCAACACGUGGGAAUUCCUUUUAUAUCAAAGACAAUUGGAGUUUCAUUUUUAAGCUCUGGUGCCUUAUUUUGUAGGGCCAGAAAGAUGCAUGUCCAAUCAGCUGCUUUUUUUAUUACAAAGGCUGGGAGGGGAUUUAUUUUGUAAUUAACUGUAUAUUGUAUCAGGCCGGGGUUUGGAUCCGAUCCCCAGUUAUGACUGGCAGCUUGUCUGGUGUUGCAAUCCCAGUGCCUUGCUGUUCUCUGUCCUUGGGUGGCCGCCCAGAGCUUGGAGCAGAGGCUCGGCGGGACACAGAGCAUGGAGUGUGGAGCUGUAGGUAGAGAACAGCCAGGACCUACCUCCCCUGGGCUCCCUGCCCUCCCGCAGCAACCCUCCUGGGCACUGCCCAACCCCUGCCUCUGCCCACAAGCUGUUUUUGUGGCUGGCUUUCCCCAUCCGAGUGUCUCGCCCACAGGGCCCUUGCAGUGCUAGCACUCCUGCCCAGGCUGGGCUUCCCUGGGGUGGCAGUCACCCCCCGGGGAGGGUGACAAUCAGACACUGCCAGUGGGUGCUGCCCACUCCCAUGCUGCCUUCCCUCGGGGAAGUUUCCUCCCGGGAUCUGGAGAGGAGAGAGCUGGGGGGGGGGAGCUGACAGAGCGUUAGCGGAGGGAGCCCAACUCAGCCCUAGUCUGAGCCAGGCUUGGCAAGGUCCCACCACCAGGAAUGCCAAAAAGUAGCGCUGUGCCAAAGCCACCCCCUCCGAGAACGAGGCGAAACCACCGAGGCUGCUGUCCCCGAGUGCUGUGGUACAUCUUGUCCCCCCCAACUACUAAACUACCACGGGUCAGAGGGAGGUGGGGGACCAGGCAGGGUGCUGUGGUGGGGACGGGCUCCUCCAGCACCACGGCCUGUACAGCUGGCCGGGGACCAGCGCUCCUGGGACUGGUGCCGUGGCCCUGAGUGCUGGUGGGGGGAUGCCCCGACAGGCAGUGCAGAAGCCCCUACCUCGCUCGGUCCCCCUCCCUCUUACGGCCAGUGGCUUUGCUGUCCUGAAUGACAAUGUGAAAGAGGUUGUCCCCGUGUGUGUCCUGUACUCCCCACAGUGCCACCGUGGCCCUGCGCUGGCCCGUGCCCCUUCCCCAGCUGUCUCGACGCCUGUGUUCAGUGCAGCCGUAGCAGCCAAACCCACGUGUGAAGUCGGCCUGGCGCUGCUGUGGGGUGGUGGGAUGGUGACCCGCGCCCGCACCGUGGGGUGCUGGGGGUCCCUCCGCUGGCUCAUUCACCCACAGCUCAGUGCUACCCCCCACCUCGUUGCCGUAGGGUGGGUGCAGGGACCCGGGCCAGUACUGGCCAGUCCCUUUGCCAGGAGUGACCUGCCGUGGGGUGGAUGGGUGCUGCGGGGGCGAGCGGCACCCCGUCCCCCUCUGUGCCGCCGGGGUGGGGACAACCGGCGUUAUCAGCCCCCGGCUUGUGCUCACGCCGCGGGGCCGCCGGCGCAGAUCUGGCACUUGCUGGCGGGCGUGCCGGGCGAGGCGUCCUAUCUGCAUGUGCGUGUGCAUGCCUGCGUCCCUGCGACCAUCACUGCUGUAUGAUAAUAAAGCCUUGUCACCAUG